AGCGGGUAUCGAGGGCAUGUACGGCGCGUUGUGCCAUCGCAUACAACUCAGAGUAAUCACAGUCCACCAAUAUGAUCGCAGCAGUCGCGCGGAGAGCGCUGCGCGCGCGCCCGCUCUGUUUUGGCACCGCUAGCCCAAAUGGUGCAGCACUGCUGACUCGCCGCGCGGCGGCGCGGGGCUAUCUGGCCGCCGCAGGGCCUCAGGGUGCAGCCGCACCCAUCGCGCGCCGCGCAGCAUCGCUCAGAUUGGUCGCCGCGCGGCCGCCUCUGGCACGCCCGCAGCUGUGCGCAACGUUCGCCACCACAUCAGGAGAUGACGACGACCAGAACCGGAGCCUCGACGCGCUCGGGGACGACUUCUUCGAGCGCUCGCGCCUGGAGGACCGAGGGAACCAGCGCGCGACGCCCGCCGGCGAUUUACAAUAUGCCGGCGAGCGGCCCGGCAACUGGGAAGAGUUGCUGGCCGAGGCAGAGGCGUCUUACCCCGAGCGCGCGGGCCCGAGGCGGUCCAAGUACCUGGCGCGCGAGCGCCGGCGCUUCAAGAACAUCCGGCGCCAGCACUACCAGCGCAAGAAAGAGAGAAUGGCAGCCCAUACCAGAAACAUGGCGCGCCGGUCGCGGCUAGCAGAGGCGAGGCGCGGCUGGGACGGCCCGCGCCUGCCGAACCCCUAGGC